AUGACGCGGCCGCCCGGCCGGCGAAGGCGGGCGCCGCGCGGCCCGCUGAGCGCCGCGGGUGCCGCCGGGUGCCUCUGCCUUGCCGCCCGGGGGCUGCUCUCGGGCUUCGUGCCGCCGCCGCGGGCGGCCCCCGACCGGACCCUCCCAGCGGCGCCGCCCGCCGCGCUGGUGGCGGCCAACUUCCGCCGCGUCGGGAGACCAGAGGAGGACCUGGAGCGGUGGCCCGCCCUGGCCGCGGCGCUGGGAGGACCCCGGCUGGGCGCGGCUCCUGGCGCCAGCGCGCUGGUCAGCCCCGGCGAGGAUCCGGUUGUCAAUAGAGACCUUCAGGCCCGUCUGCCCUACGAGUGA